AUGUCCGCAAUUGCACAAGAUGAGGUGCAAGAUUCCUCACCGCCGCACCACGACGUGCCCCAGCAUGCUGCUACUACUGCCGCUACUCCCCAAGAUCUUCAACUCAUUUGGAAAUGGAACGAGGCUGUUCCAGAGACGGUGGACGGCCGCGUUCACGAUCUCAUCACGCAGAGGGCGCAAUUGCAGCCCGACGAGCAGGCUGUCUGCGCUUGGGACGGAAACUGGAGCUAUCGCGAGCUUGAUGAGCGCUCAACUAAUCUGGCACACCGACUCGUCCACAUGGGCAUCGGUCCCGACAUCGUUGUUCCCCUCUGCUUCCCAAAGUCAAAAUGGACCCCGAUUGCGAUGCUUGCUGUCAUGAAGGCAGGUGGUGCAUCAGUCGUUCUCGAGACAAGUCUACCCAGCGACCGGCUGUAUAGCAUUGUUCAACAAGUCGAACCGAUUUUAAUACUUUCCUCCUCUAUGACCACUGAGCUUGCCGCGCAGCUCACCACGCGGCCAGUCAUAAUUGUCGACGAGGCCAGCACAACCCCCGAUGUCACUAGCAUAUUACCAGAGGUACAGCCAUGGAAAUCUCUCUACCUCGUCUUCACUUCUGGCAGUACCGGUACCCCCAAAGGCACAAUCAUUACCCACUCCAACUUUUGCAGCGCGAUUCACCACCAGCGGGCCAUAUUGGGCUACUCCAGUUCCUCGCGAGUGUACAAUUUCACCAAACACUCCUUUGAUGUAACUUGGUCUGAUUUCAUCUUCACCAUGACUGCUGGUGGCUGCCUCUGUAUUCCCUUGCAACAAGACGCUAUGAGCAACCUCGCUGGCUCAAUACUGGCAUAUAACGCAAACUUCAUAAAUAUCACACCAUCAGUUGGUAGCAUGAUACGGCCAUCCGAUCUCAAAGGCACAUUAAAGCAAGUAGUUUUCGCCGGUGAGGCUUUGCCAAGCCAUCAGGCUUUGGAGUGGGCACAACAUACCCGCGUCAUUAAUUUGUACGGCCCGGCCGAAUGUACAGUCGGGAUUACUUUGGCUGUAAUAAGCGAUAUUGCCAAUAUAGACUCCUCCUCCGCCACUAUCGGCCACGGUAUUGGUUCGUGCAGCUGGAUUGUCGACCAGUCCUGCCACGAUAGCCUGGUGCCUGUUGGAGCCGUUGGUGAAUUGCUAACGGAAGGACCAGUUGUGGGAGCUGGAUAUUAUAGAAAUGCUGAGAAAACAGCUGCAGUGUUCAUCGAAAACCCAAAAUGGCUGUUGGCUGGACCGCCGGGAGGCUCGGGACGCCCGGGCCGAUUAUAUAAGACCGGUGAUCUUGUACGAUAUGAAGCGAAUGGACAACUUGCUUACCUGGGCCGAAAAGACCUGCAAGUUAAGAUCAACGGCCAGCGUGUGGAAUUGGGCGAUAUCGAACAUCAUGUGCGGGCGCAUCUCGCCGAAAGCACGGAUGUAGGGGUGGUUGCCGAGCUCGGAACUCCGCGUGACAGCGAUAGACCUCUGCUCACUGCCUUCCUGCAAAUAUCAACACCAGCUGCUAGACAAGGUAGAGACGGGCUUGAAGGGGAGUUGAGGAGAGUCAUCGUUGGACUCAACAAUCGAUUAGCCACUCAAAUACCGGCAUAUAUGAUCCCUUCCGUCUACAUCCCACUGGAGGUCUUUCCAAAGAAUGCCAAUGGCAAGAUGGAUAGACGCAAACUGAGGGAAAUAUGUGAAACCUCUUCAAUGCAGGAGCUCAUGGCCUGGGGCUCGCCUCUUCCCGAGAAGAAAAAGCCAACCACGCGCAUGGAAUGUCGUCUACAAGACCUCUGGUCUUCUGUUCUCGGCCUUGAUAUCGGCAACAUCGGUGUCAACGAUAGCUUUUUGCGACUAGGCGGGGAUUCUAUUGCAGCCAUGAGAUUAGCUGGAGCCGCGCGAGGGCAUGGUCUGUCGCUUACUGUCGCCGACAUCUUCAACCACUCGGUACUGCACGACAUGGCAGGUGUCGUUGGCGAGCUUUCCGCAACUAGCAGCUUCAUCCAGCCUUACGAAUUACUGAACGACCAUACUGAGGUGGGAGUUAUUAGAAGCCAAGUUGCUGGCGCCUGCGGAGUCAACGCAGCUGAGAUUGAGGACGUCUUUCCCUGUACACCUCUCCAAGAGGGUUUAAUCGCCCUGACAGCGAAAAACCCAGGCGACUACGUCUCUCGUCAUGUAUUCCAGCUGCAACCCACAGUGGAUAUUAAACGUCUCAAGAGGGGGUGGGGGGAGGUUGUAGCGAUGACACCCAUUCUUCGGACACGUAUUGUCAACCUUAACCAACAAGGGCUGGUGCAGGUAGUCCUAAACCAGCCCAUAAGAUGGGCGCCUAAAGGUGGCGAAAUGGAUCUUGCGAAAUAUCAGAAAGAGGAUGGGGGGCUUACCACAGGCCUGGGCACGCCCCUGGCUCGGUUUGCACUAUUAGAAGAAUCGUACGGUGAGGAGAUAAGACGGUUUUUUGUGUGGACGAUACACCAUGCACUUUACGACGGAUGGUCUAAGCCGCUUCUUUUGGAGCGGCUUGCUCAAGCUUAUGCUGGCGAGGGAACGCUACAGACCUCGCCUCAAUUCCAGGGCUUCGUAAGACACAUUUUGGGCAUGCGGCAAGACGAGGCGACCAAGUUCUGGCUUACCCAAUUUGAGGGUUCUGAGGCGCAGACCUUUCCGAACCUGCCGUCGCCGCGCUAUCAGCCGAGAUCUGAUAAGAUGCUGACGCACGCCAUCGGUGAACUACAGUGGCCAAAGAUGAUGGGCGUGACUGCGUCGACCAUGUUGCGAGCUGCCUGGGCUAUCAUCACCUCAUGUUAUACCAAUGCUAACGAGGCCGUAUUUGGUGUCACGGUGAGUGGUAGGCAGGCAGCCUUGCCAGGCGUAGAGCAGAUGACAGGCCCAACCAUCGCGACGGUGCCUGUCCGGAUUGUUCUAGACAAGCGAAAGACUAUCCAAGAGCUCCUUCUUCAAAUCCAGACACAGGUUGUUGACAUGACGGCGUUUGAACAGACUGGUCUGCAGCGGAUUCGGCGAAUCAGCCCCGAGGCUGAGAGAGCCUGUGACUUCCAAACGUUGCUCGUCAUCCAGCCAGCCGCGGACCAGAAAGAAAAGGCCACCCAUGAUAGUCUUUUCGCGCCCCAAAGUGAUAAUGAUCACUGGUCCCUCGAUGACGAAAUGGCAGAAUUCCGCACGUAUCCGCUGUCUCUGGAAUGCUACCUUGAAGAUCAAGGCGUCGUCUUGCUGACCAGAUUCGACUCUGCCGUGCUGAAUGCCGACCAAGUAGCCAUCCUGGUGAGGCAGCUCGAGCAUGUUGUCCGCCAGCUAUGUAGCGCCGAAUCUGCUGAGGCAAAGCUGGAAGACGUCCUCUUGGUCGGUCAGGAGGACCUCCAGCAAAUGUGGCACUGGAACUCGGUAGUGCCCGAUACUGCCGAUGGCGUCGUACACGAUCUAAUCACCAUGACGGCGAAGCAGCAGCCAGAGGCACAGGCCGUGUGCGCGUGGGAUGGGGACUGGACGUACCGUGAGCUUGAUGGGUUAUCGACCCGCCUGGCUCACCACCUCGUCACUCUAGGGGUCGGCCCAGAGGUCAUCGUCCCGCUGUGUAUUGAGAAGUCAAAGUGGAUGCCCGUGGCCAUGAUGGCCGUAAUGAAGGCCGGAGGAGCGUCAGUCGCCGUCGACUAUGCGCAGCCGGAGGAUCGACUCAGCAGCAUCGUGAAGCAGACCAAAACACCAACACCGACGACGAAAACACAAACAAUUCCAUCACCGACAUCAACCGCCGCGGCAGAAACACCGCUGCCCGUUGUCAAUCAAUCCAACACGCUCUAUGUCGUCUUCACAUCUGGCAGUACUGGCGCCCCCAAGGGCGUCGUCGUCACUCACGCAAACAUCACUAGCGCCAUUCGACAUCAGCGUGAAACCCUAGGAUUCACUAGGCAAUCACGAGUCUACGAUUUUGCAUCGUACAUGUUUGAUGUAGUCUGGUGCAAUCUUCUUCAGGGCCUCUCUGCCGGAGGCUGCAUCUGUAUUCCAAGUAACGAUGAUCGCCGCAACGACCCUCUUGGCGCCAUCACUCGUCUUGGCGCCAACACGGCCAUCUUCACGCCGUCCACCAUUCGCGGGCUUGGCUUGCAGUCUCUCAAGGGCUUACGCCAUGUACACUUCAUUGGCGAAGCCCUCUCAGCUGACGAUGUUGGCGGCUUGCAUCCGGAUAGCGCCGUGACCAACUUGUACGGCCCUACGGAGUGUACAACAUUUAGCACUGCCCAACAAGUCACCGCCAACAAAGCUUCAAAUUCCGACAAACGUCAACGUAUAGGUAUCGGCCUAGGUCUGGGUCUGCGCACAUGGCUGGUACAGCCGUUUGAUCACUCCAAGCUUGUCCCUUUGGGGUGUGUCGGCGAGCUUCUGCUGGAAGGCCCUCUCGUGGCGGCCGGCUACCUUGGGGAGGAGGAAAAGACCGCGGCCGCCUUUAUCAACGACCCAGCCUGGCUCUUGGACGGAACUCCCAAUCACCCUGGCCGCAACGGACGCCUGUACAAGACUGGAGAUCUUGCACGAUAUGAUGCAGAUGGAACCUUAACUUUCCUCGGGAGGAAGGACUCGCAGGUCAAGAUAAAUGGUCAGCGUGUGGAACUGGGCGACGUUGAGCACCACAUCCAGUCCAGCAUCGCACACAGACAGGACGUGAAUGUUGUUGCAGAGGUUAUGAAGCCCAGAGACACCAGCAAUUCGAUCCUUGUAGCCUUCAUCCAAGUUGACAUCGCGUCUGAGCCCAGAGAUGAAGAAACUAUGCAGAAUGAACUCGCAAAGAUUACAGCUGGACUUGCCGACAGACUUCUGGCACGGGUGCCGGCUUACAUGGUCCCAUCGGCUUACAUUCCAAUCAACGAAAUCCCCGUCACGCCAACUGGUAAGAUUGAUCGUCGCAGGCUCCGCGCCAUGGGCCAACAGUGGACUCUCGAGAGCCUCGUGAGAACCAACUUGCCCUUGUCUUCCGAGCGACCACAGCCCUCUACCGUUACCGAGAAGCGCUUGCAGAGUCUCUGGGCGGCUGUUCUGGGCCUAAAAGCCGAUAGUAUUGCUGCAGACGAUAGUUUCUUGCGCAUAGGAGGUGAUUCUAUUGCGGCUAUGAGGCUUGUGGCGGCAGCUCGUGAGCAGAAUCUUACCCUCUCGGUGGCCGAUGUGUUCCAGCACCCGCUGCUGAGCAACUUGGCUACCGUAGUUGGCGAAGAAGCUGUCGGUACUAGCGGCAAAAACGCCCAUCAAAAUGAGCCGUUUACUCUUUUGAACUCAGGAGAGGACCUCGAAUCUCUCAAGAAGCAAAUCGCAGCUAAGUGCAAUGUCGAGGCGAGGCAAGUUGCCGAUGCGUUUCCCUGUACACCACUUCAGGAGGGCUUGCUUGCUUUGACUGCUAAGCGACCUGGCGAUUAUGUUGCGCGAUUUAUCUACCCACUGCUGCCCAGUGUAAGCCCUGAACAGUUUUUUAAAGCCUGGGAGGCUGUUGUUUCCGCAACGCCCAUCCUACGGACUCGAAUUACUGAUCUCGGUGAGCGUGGCUUAGUUCAGGUCAUUGUCGACGGACCUAUUGGUUGGUCUCGGAAGGACGAAUUAAUGAGCCUCAAAGAUUACGAAAUGGUUGACAGGCAGCUCACCACCGGCCUGGGCACACCUAUGACACGAUUCGCUGUGCUUCAAGACCCAGUUGAUGGCAAUCGGUUCUUUGUUUGGACCAUUCACCAUGCUCUCUACGACGGCUGGUCGAUUUCUUUAAUGCUGAAUAGGCUUGAAGCCGCGUAUUCUUUGAAUGAAGGCAGCGUCCUCCCUUUCUCGCCUCCCCUUCAAACCUUUGUCAACUAUAUCAUGGAUAUUGAUCAGAGUAUCGUCGGCACGUACUGGGGCGAGCAAUUUCAGGGUUCUGAAGCUCAGACUUUCCCGUCACUUCCGUCUGUCACGUACCAGCCAAUGUCAAACGCCUUCAUCAAGCAUCGUAUCCAGGACUUAAAAUGGCCAAAGUCUGAUGUAACGCCCUCCAUGGUGAUACGGGCAGCAUGGUCACUUUUGGCUACAAAGUAUACCGAUAGCUCUGAUACUGUUUUCGGUGUGACUGUUUCUGGACGACAGGCUAGAGUGCUGGACGUUGAGCGAAUUAUUGGACCGACAAUUGCUACAGUUCCUGUGAGAGUCGCUUUUGAGUGGACAGAGAUGACUGUAGAGCGACUCUUACGUCAAGUUCAGGCCCAAGCAGUGCAGAUGACGGAGUUUGAGCAGACGGGACUGCAACGCAUCCGCCGCGUAAGUGCGGAAGCUGAAAGAGCGUGUGGAUUCCAGACUUUGCUCGUUGUGCAUCCCGUUGAGGAUGAGGAAGAGAAGAAUACGAGUAGCCGCUGGUUUAUUAGCAGACGGGAUGAAAACGGAGAGGACGACACUAAUGUGACUGAGUACGACACCCACGCUCUGACAAUCGAGUGUAGUUUGGAACGGCAGGGGCUGAGACUGCGUAUCGCGUACGACGCCAACAUCCUGGACGCUCAACAUAUCAAGAGACUGGCUACCCAACUUGAACAUAUUAUUCGACAAUUGUGCAUCCCGGAAAAUGCUAGCAAGAGUCUAUCCAGCAUAGACAUGGUGAGUGCCCAAGACAUGCGUGAUAUUUGGGAAUGGAACGACACCUGCCCUGAAGCUCUUGACUCUUGCCUUCACGAUAUGAUUUCGAAGACAGCUCAGAUUCUCCCGGAUGCGUUAGCCGUGAACGCCUGGGAUGGUGAUUUCACCUAUCGCGAGCUUAACGAUUUAUCUACCCGUCUGGCCUAUUAUCUCGUUUGCAUUGGUGUCGGCCCCGAGACUAUUAUUCCCCUUUACUUUGAAAAGUCUAAGUGGACCCCAAUUGCAAUGCUGGCUGUUAUGAAAGCCGGCGGCGCAUCGGUUUUGAUGGACUCGCGCCAACCGCAGGAUCGUCUUCGAGCCAUCAUCGACCAGGUCAAGCCUGUUGUGGUGGUAUCCUCUUCGAGCAACGCGGAGCUGGCAAGCAAACUCACGAACACACCGAUUAUUAUUGUGAGCAGCAAACAUUUAGAGCGAAUUUGCGGCGAAAAACUUCUUGAACGACUUCCCCAGGUCCAGCCGUGGAAUAAAGCGUACUUGAUUUUCACGUCGGGCAGUACCGGUAUACCCAAGGGUGCUAUACUGACCCACGCCAAUGUGUGCAGCGCCGUACGUUAUCAGCAGCUUGCCCAGGGAUACACCCCUGAUGCCCGAGUCUACGAUUUUACCUCGUACGCUUUUGAUACAGCAUGGAAUAACUUCAUGCACACCUUUACCAUUGGUGCUUGCUUGUGCAUCCCAUCCGAAAGUGAACGUAGAGACGACCUGGCAGGAUCCAUCGAGCGAUUCAAGCCUACAAUCCUCGACAUCACACCAUCUGCCGCGACGACCUUACAGCACAGCACCAUUCAGUCUCUGCGCACGUUGAUUCUAGGUGGUGAGAGGCUAUCUGCAGAGUAUUCCGAAAGAUGGAGAGCGCUUGUUGACUUGAAGCUAUGCUACGGGCCGUGUGAGUGCACACCCACGGCAACGGUUGCCACUAUUGAUUGCAGUAUUCACGGCGAACCGACGAUUGGACGUGGGAUUGGCAUGGUUUGUUGGAUUGCCGAUGCAAAGAAUCAUAAUAUACUUGUUCCAAUCGGCGCAACUGGUGAGCUUGUCCUAGAAGGCCCUCUCGUCGGCAAUGGCUAUCUAGGCGACGAAGCAAAGACCAGUGCAGUCUUCAUUCAUAACCCUCCAUGGCUACUGCGCGGCAGAGCUGGAAAGCUUGGACGUCAUGGCCGCCUUUACAAAACUGGUGACCUCGUGAGAUACAACUCGGAUGGUACUCUUUCAUUUAUCGGCCGAAAAGAUGCUCAGGUCAAGAUAAACGGUCAGCGACUCGAGCUCGGUGAAGUCGAGAAUCACAUGGCUCGUCAUCCACUUACGCGCCAGUCUGCGUCCUUAUAUCCUUACUCCGGCCCUUGCGCCAAGAAGUUGGUAGGAGUCUUUAGUUUGGAGAUCAUUCAUAGGGCUGAUAAUUCCCCCCCUAUCGAACUUGUUGGCGCAGAUGGUGCCACUGCUGUUCAGGACCACAUUCACGCGUUACAGGGUCUGUUAGGUGAGGCCUUGCCCUCGUACAUGAUCCCAUCUAUUUGGGUGGCUCUUAAAGACAUCCCUUUGAAUCCUUCAGGAAAGCUUAAUCGGCGUGCUGUUGAGGACUGGCUGCUCCGUAUGGACUCGGAAACGUUUGCCAGAAUCAACAAUACGGGCCUCUCACCUGCAGCCCGUAAGCCUAAGACAGACUCUGAGCGUAUCCUGUGUGACGCUUGCAGCGUUAUUCUGAAUACCCCCCUUUCCGAGAUAAACCUCCAACGCUCCUUUGUUGCCAAUGGCGGCGACUCCAUCUCGGCCAUGCGUCUCUCGUCCUAUUGUCGCGUCGCCGGCCUUAUCUUCUCAGUAAGCGUGCUGCUAAAAAGCAAAUCGCUUGCCGAUGUGGCCCAGCUAUCUACAAUUGCCACGGAUGCUACAGUCAAUCGCAGGAAGGAAUAUAGAGAGGACUUUGACAAGGCCUUUACGCUGUCGCCUAUUCAGAAAUGGUUUUUUGCCCAAACACCUUCUGAAGAUGUCACCAAGGAGGACUACUAUUGCAAUCAGGGCUUCUACGUGAAGGUUCUUCGACCCGUCUUGACGAAACAGGCCUCUCUGGCCAUUGAUAUGAUUGUCAAACGGCACUCUAUGCUUCGCGCUCGGUUCGAACGUUCCAAAAGCGGUUGGAUGCAGCGUGUUCUUAAACCAAUUGAUGCUGUUUAUCAUAUUGGCUCUUCAGAUGCCCAGUCUAUACAUGAAAUCAAGGCAAUCACGGCCAAAAGCCACAAAAGCCUAGAUAUUGAACGUGGUCUAGUUUUCGCAGCAGACCUAUACAAUUUACCAUCUGGAGAUCAAUAUCUAACGCUUAUCGCACACCACUUGGUCGUUGAUCUUGUUUCGUGGCGUAUCAUACUAGAUGACCUUGAGGCCUUGCUUACUGGGAAGAAAAUCUUGGAUUGUUUUCCCUUCCAGGUCUGGAGCGAGUUGCAAACCAGCGAGGCUCGGUCCUCUAAAUUCGCGCCAGAUAGAGUCCUCUCUACUAAAAACGUGCAAAAUAACCACACAUUCUGGAACUUCACCGAGCAUAUCUCCAAUACUGCCACAGACCACAUUGAAAAGAAGCUGGAAGUAGAUAAGGCUACGACAGCCCUGCUACUAAAGGACGCCAAUACUGCAUUUAAUACUGAGCCUAUUGACUUGAUUCUUUCCUCUAUUUGGGACGCCUUUUUUUAUGUAUUCCCUGAACGAGAGGGCCUUACUAUUUUCAACGAAGGCCAUGGCCGCGAACCUUGGACAACGGAUGUUGACUUGUCCCGCACUGUUGGCUGGUUCACGACAAUGAGUCCUAUCCACCUUUCUCGCAGCGAUGGAGAUAAUCGUGCUAAUAUCACAAGGCUAGUCAAGGAUGCACGGAGGCGGCUACCCGCUAACGGAUGGGCCUACUGGGUAUCAAGACACCUAAACGACCAAGGCAUAGCGGCCUUUGAGUCUCAUGCUUCAACAAUGGAACUGCAAUUUAACUAUCACGGCCAGUUUCAGCAGCUAGAGCGUUCUGACUCUCUCUUCGAAGUGGUCAACUUUGACGAUAGCGUAUCGCAAGUUGGGCCGUUGCUACCAACAUCAGUUUUAUUCGAUAUUAACGUUGCCAUUGAAGCUGGGAUAACCAAGUUCUCUUUCUCCUGGAACCGACACCUCGCUCACCAAGACUUAAUUCAGGCGUGGAUAGAACAGAUUAAUACCUCGCUGCAAGCGAUCUGCUUUGAGCUCUCCAACAGGCGUCCCGAGCGCACUCUUUGCGAUUAUGAAUUUCUCAACCUUGACUACAGAGGACUUGACGAGCUACAUGGUAACGUUUUAAGCCGUAUUGAGGCUCUUAAUGACACGCAAGUCGAAAAUAUCUACCCAUCUUCUCCCAUGGUGGAUGGAAUUCUUCUCAGUCAAAUGAAAGGGACAGGCUCAUACGAAACUUCCCAAACCUGGGAAAUACGACCUCGCGAAUCUCACGUAAUUAAUGUCGGCGCUUUAGCUGAUGCAUGGCAAGCCGUCGUCGCUCGACACCCCUCUUUACGAACCGUCUUUAUUCAUAGUAUGGAUGCAUCUGCUGCGUUCAACUCUGUUGUGCUCAAGUCCUGCCGUGGGGAUGUUGUUCUUGUCGAAAGCAACAGCCUCGAAUCAGCACUUGAAAUAUUUAAGGAACUUCCGAGCAUUGACUACACACAGGAUAAGCCGGCCCAUAGAUUGGUGCUGUGCACUAUAUCAGGGGAUAAUCGUGUCAUUUGCAAGAUUGAAAUGAGCCACGCCAUUUCCGACGGCGCUUCAACAGCUAUCACGAUGCAGGACUGGGCCAAAGCCUACUCAGGCGAACUAAAUGUUGAGGAGCUCAGGAGCAUUAGCCACGGGUUUUCUCAGACCCUUACGUCCGUGUCCAAGACUGACAGGAUGGCUUACUGGACGAAGAAACUAUGUGCUAUGGAGCCUUGCCACUUCCCAAGACUGGCCGAAGCCAUGCCGGCGGAUGAUAAGCAUGCUACCGGAGUGGCUACCUUGGAACUUGGUGAUGAAACUUUCCACCACAUUCAGCGAUUCUGCGAAGCUCAGUCAAUCACACCUGCCAGCUUGUUUCAGAGCGCCUGGGCUCUUACCUUAUCUGCCUACACAGGUUCUGACUCAGUCUGCUUUGGAUAUCUUUCGUCUGGCCGAGAUUUUCCUGUUAAGGGUAUUAUGGAGUCUAUCGGUGCGUUUGCUAACGUCAUGAUAUGUCGUACCGAUAUAUCUCGAGAAUGGAGUGGGCAGGACUUGAUCAGUCAUGUCCACAAUCAAGUCUUGGAUGACCUUGGCUUCCAGCAUUGCUCUAUUGCUGAUAUCCAGCACGAGCUAGGCCUACCAUUCGGCCAGAAUCUCUUUAAUUCUAUUAUAUCCUUCCAAAGGGAUAAUGAUAGCUUAUCUGAAGGCAUGGUGACGGAAGAUCUGGUGUUUGCCGAUCUUGAAUGGGAAGAUCCGACCGAAUAUGACAUCACAAUCAGCAUCAGACACACUGACACUUUGGUCUACUUCACAGUUGAUCACCGACUAUCUUGCGUAUCCAAUGAUCAGGCGCGGAGUGUUGUUUCACUUCUAGAAAAGGUGGUCAAAUUCCUCGUUGGCGAUGGCAGAGCCAGCUCCGCAGCUGUCAACAAACCACAAAAUCAACUGUCUGCAAUGGAGAACAUCAGUGAGAGAGAUUUGCAAGACAUUUGGAGGUGGAACAAAACAGUACCUGAAGCGGUUCAUGGACUGGUACAUGAUAUUAUUGCGAAUGUGGCCCAGGAAAACCCUUAUGCCUCCGCUAUCUGUGCCUGGGAUGGUGAUUUAAGCUAUACCGAGUUGAAUGGUAUUGCUACGAAACUCGCGCACCAUUUGGUUACUCUGGGCAUUGGGCCAGAUGUUAUUGUACCUCUAUAUUUUGAGAAAUCAAAAUGGAUGCCUGUCGCGAUGCUUGCUGUUAUGAAAGCAGGCGGUGCGUCCGUAGCUCUAGAUAGAACUCUUCCAGAGGAACGUCUACGCAGCAUUAUUCAGCAGGUCAAUCCUGUAGUCAUUCUGACAUCAGCGGCAAAUGAGGAGAUGGCAAAGCGUCUUGCAGACUGUGUCACGGUGCCUGUGAGCGAUGCUCAUCUUGCGAAGUUAAGCACGUCCUCCACUUCCCUACCGGAUGUCAAGCCGAUCAAUAGGUUGUAUAUCGUCUUCACAUCUGGCAGCACUGGAGUUCCCAAGGGCGUGGUAAUCACCCAUUCUAAUUUUCGUAGCGCUGUUCGCUACCAACAACAAGCUUUAGGUUUUAAGAGCACAUCGCGCGUGUACGAUUUCGUCAAGUAUGCCUUCGAUGUCACUUGGUCUAACUUUUUGCACACUAUGACAUCCGGCGCCUGCUUGUGCAUCCCUUCGGAAGACGAGACUUCUAAUAAUAUCACUGGCUCCUUGAUAUCAUAUAGAGCAAAUUUUGCCGAUUUAACACCAUCCGUCGCAAGCACUCUGCGCCCAGCCGAUCUCACCACUCUGGAUCACUUGCUUUUUAGUGGUGAGGCAUUGACAACCCAUCUUGCUGCACAGUGGGCUGAACAGGCGACUGUCUUAAACACCUAUGGUCCUGCAGAGUGCAGUGUUAAGGCAACCUUCGCUAUGGUGGGCAAAGCUGAUGCGUCUGCUGCUAGCAUAGGCUCAGGAUUUGGCAUGUGCACCUGGGUUGUGCAUCCCACUAACCAUAACAUGCUGGUGCCAAUUGGCGUCGUUGGUGAGCUUCUACUUGAAGGGCCUCUUGUCGGCGCAGGGUACCUGGAUGAUGCUGCGAAAACCCAAGACGCCUUUAUCGAAAACCCGGCUUGGCUCGUUGACGGAGCGCGGGGGCGCAGAGGGCGGCUAUAUAAGACAGGGGACUUGGUACGAUAUAAUAUUGACGGAAGCAUGACCUUUAUAGGCCGCAAGGAUGCUCAGGUUAAAAUUAAUGGCCAGCGAUUAGAACUUGGCGAUGUUGAGCACCACGUCUGCAGUAAUAUCGCCUACCACGCGCCGGUCCGGGUCUUUGCUGAAGUUAUCAAGCCCCAGCAAAGCGACAAAUCCAUACUCAUGGCAUUCAUUCAUGUCGAGGACGGGCCAGCAAUGACUACUCCGCAACGCGCCAAGCAGACUGGCAAGGUUACAGCUGGCCUGAACGAGAGACUCUCUACACAAAUUCCUAGUUAUAUGAUACCAUCCGCUUACCUACUACUGGAUGAGGCUCCCAUGACGGCAACCGGCAAGACUGACCGUCGACGACUGCGCGAAAUUGGCCAGCAGUUGACAUUCGAAGAAAUCAUGGCGCUCAACUAUAAAAGCGGAGAGUAUAAACGUCCCAGCAGUACCAUGGAGAGACGUUUGCAAAGCCUAUGGGCAUCCGUUCUUGGUGUUAGGGAGGACUCCAUCAGCGCGGAUGAUAGCUUUCUUCGGAUUGGAGGUGAUUCUAUCGGAGCUAUGAAGUUAGUUGGUAUCGCUCGGGAGGAGGGACUUGCACUUACCGUCACCAAUAUCUUCAAGCAGCCUAAGCUAUGCGAUUUGGCAAAGGUUGUCAGGCAGGUCUCUCGUGCUGACUGCGAGAUCAUCCAGCCAUUCUCGCUGUUAAAAUUCGGUACUGAUUCUGAGGCGGCUCGGGAUCAAGUUGCCAAAUUGUGCCAGAUUGACAUCAGCCAAAUCGAAGACAUCUUUCCCUGCACCCCACUACAAGAAGGCCUCCUUGCAUUGACAGCUAAGAGAGCUGGCGAUUACGUUGCUCAGUAUGUGUUGCCUCUACAAAAGACGACCGAUGUCACUCGUUUCAAAAGAGCUUGGGAAGCUGUGCUGCAGAUGACUCCUAUUCUGCGCACCCGAAUCGUUGACCUCCUGGGCCAAGGCCUAGUACAGGUUGUGCUUAAGGAAAAUGCGAGUUGGUCCGAGUGCUCAAGCGUGAGCGAGUAUCAGCAAGCAGACCAGAAACUCGUCAUGGGCAUGGGUAAGCGUCUUGUUCGAUACGCUGUCACCGAUGCACCUGAUUGCCAGCAGCGUUUCGUCUUUGUAUGGACCGUACAUCACGCGCUCUACGAUGGAUGGUCCAUGCCACGUAUCAUGGAGAGGUUAGAGCAGGCUUACAAGGGGGACGUGGUUCUCCGGCAGGCUCCUCCUUUCCAGCGCUUUGUUAAACACAUUAUUAAUAUCGACGAGGAGCGUGCCAAGCAGUUCUGGCAAGCGCAGUUUGAAGAAUCGGAGGCACAGGUAUUUCCUGUGCUACCAUCACCCACGUAUCAGCCAACUGCAAAUUCGUCCACCGCCCAUUAUAUCGAUUCCCUACACUGGCCCAAGACCGACAUCACCGCGUCCACUGCCAUCCGCACAGCGUGGUCCAUUCUAGCUGCCAGAUACACAAACUCUAAUGAUGUGGUCUUUGGCGUCACAGUGAACGGUCGGCAUGCCGCUGUGCAUGAAGUAGACGAAAUGACGGGCCCUACUCUUGCAACCGUGCCUGUCCGAGUGGCCUUUGAUUGGGAGCAGACGGUUGAAUCAUGCCUCUGCCAGAUUCAGGAGCAAUUGGUAGAAAUGGCUGCUUUUGAACAGACAGGCUUGCAGAGAAUCCGCCAGAUGGGCAUCAAGGCCAAACAGGCCUGCAACUUUCAGACCCUUUUGCUGAUACAUCCCCCCGAAGAGGCUGUGCAGCUCGAAACCGAGAUUUUUGCGUGCAAAGACCAAGACAAUGAUGAUGAUGAGGAGAAUCAACUCGCCCAAUUCGACACACAUGCCCUUACCAUUGAAUGUGACUUGGCACACCACGGCAUGACCUUGAGGUUUGAGUUUGAUAACAGCAUUAUGAGUAAACGUCAAAUCGAAAAACUGGCUGGCCAGAUUGAGCACGUCCUGCGACAGUUGUGUGACCCAGAACAAGGAAAGAUACGGCUCACAGAUAUUGAGACGGUUAGCAAGGAGGACCUCAAAGACAUUUGGGGAUGGAAUGCUACUGUGCCGGAGACCGUGAAGACCCCGGUUCAUGAAAUAGUCACCGCCAUGUGCCAGAAACAACCUGAAGCUCCUGCUAUAUGUGCGUGGGAUGGUGACUGGAAUUACGGACAACUAGACGAUCUAUCCUCGCGCUUAGCUCAUUACCUCCAACAUUUUGGGGUGGGUCCCGAAGUAAUUAUUCCUCUGUGCUUCGAAAAAUCAAGAUGGAGUCCUAUUGCCAUUCUUGGUGUUAUGAAGGCCGGAGGGGUUUGUGUGACCAUGGAUUCGAACUUGCCCGAGGAGCGCCUUGCCAGCAUUGUGCAACAAGUCAAGCCAACACUAAUCCUCUCAUCCUUGGCAAAGAAGGACCUGGCUACGCAGUUGUCGACCGGUAAACCUGUGCUCGUCAUUGAUGAGAAGUUAUUUCUUUCUCUAGACACGCCGGCAUUGGAGCCCCUGCCGAAGGUGCAGCCUUCCAACACGCUUUACAUUGUUUUUACCUCCGGCAGUACCGGCACACCCAAAGGCGUGCGCAUCACGCAUUCCAACUUUAGCAGUGCUAUGCUGCACCAGCAUAGUGCUCAUAAUUUUGACAGCAUAGCGAAUCCGCGGGUCUAUGACUUCGCAUCAUGUGCCUUCGAUACAUCUUGGCAGAAUAUGCUUGCCACGUUUGACUGUGGUGGAUGUUUAUGCAUUCCGUCAGAAGCCGAGCGGCGCGAUGACCUAGCUGGUUCUAUCGAACGCUUUGGAAUUACUCACAGUGAGCUCACGCCUUCCGCUGCCAUGGUGCUACCUCUGUCAACGCUUAAGAAUCUGGAUACCUUGGUGCUUGGCGGCGAGAGGCUUCAAGAAGAGUACGCUAAAAGAUGGGCAUCGCUGGUUACCGUAAAGAAUUCAUACGGCCCUAGUGAAUGCACUCCGACCUCUACCGUCGCAGAUGUCGACCCUGUCCAUUUCAACGGAGCAAGCAUCGGUAGAGGCAGAGGUGUUAACACAUGGGUCGUGGACACGACAACUGGCGAUUCUUUGGUGCCAGUAGGAGGCGUUGGCGAGUUGAUGCUCGAGGGACCACUCGUUGGGCCCGGGUAUCUAGGAGACCCUGAAAAAACUGCCUCUGUUUUUAUCAACAACCCGCCUUGGCUUAUUCGAGGAGCUCCGGAACAUGCUGGUCGUGAGGGCCGCUUGUAUAAAACUGGUGACUUGGUCUGCUAUCAUGAGGAUGGCACCCUGACAUUUAUCGGUCGUAAGGAUGCUCAGGUUAAGAUCCACGGUCAGCGCGUCGAAUUAGGCGAUAUCGAAAAUCAUAUUUUGCGCCAUCAUCUUACAAGACAAUCGGCCUGUCUGCUUCCCAAGACUGGGUUUUGGGCAAAUACACUUGUCAGCGUCUUUAGUAUCCAAAAAAUCCAGCAAAGCUUUGACGAAGUCGAUACCACCUCGGGUCAACAGACGCCGUCUCUCGCCAGCGAUUCUACUACCGCCAUCCAGGACUACAUUGCAAUCAUGCAAAGCAUCCUUGAAACCUCACUUCCUUCCUACAUGGUUCCUACCCGGUGGAUCGCGCUCAAGGAAAUUCCACUCAACCCUUCCGGCAAGCUCAAUCGUAAGCAGGUUGAAAAUUGGCUCACUGAGAUGGAUCAGGACACGUAUGCCAAGCUUUCUAGCAUUGAUAACAGCUUGGUUUGCCGCGGACCAGAAACUGAGGCGGAACGCGUUCUUCGAGAUGCGUGUAGCCUAAUUUUAAACGUACCGGCCUCUGAGAUUAAUCUUCAGCGCUCCUUUGUAACUAAUGGCGGCGACUCUAUUUCGGCGAUGCGGCUGAGCCCACACUGCCGUUCUAACAAUGUCGUCUUCUCUGUCGCUACUUUGUUAAAGGCUAGGUCUUUGGCUGAGGUUGCUAAGCUCUCCUCAGCAGUGACAAGUCUAAUACUCCCUCGGACCGAAGACUUUGACAAACCGUUCCAUUUAUCGCCAAUCCAGCAAUGGUUCUUCAAUCAGUCGCCUGAUUAUCUUGUUGACAAAGCAGGCCAUUAUUGCAACCAAUCAUUCUACGUCCGGAUCAACCGAGUAGUCGACAUAAAGGAAGUUAGAGUCGCUAUUUCCAAGAUUGUGGAGUUACACUCGAUGCUUCGUGCCCGCUUCCAGAAGCAAGACCAUGUCUGGACCCAGAGCAUCCCACAAGCCACCGAGGCCGUCUACCACUUUGAGGCUGUGAAGCUAAAAUCCAUCAGCGAGAUGCAAUCUCUUGCAGCUCAGCGUCAACAGAGUUUGAACUUUGAACGCGGUCUCGUGUUUUCUGCUGAUCUUUGCGAACUUGAUGCUGGAGAGCAGUACCUGGUUCUCAUUGCACAUCACUUGGUUAUUGACCUUGUCUCUUGGAGAAUAAUCUUGGAAGACCUCGAGACUCUUCUCACUGGCGGAACGUUGUUGGAAAGCCUCCCAUUCCAAAUCUGGAACGACCUUCAAUAUCAAGAGGCCAAGAGUUCUAGAUAUGACCCAGACCGCGUUUUAUCCACGGAGGGCAUCAGCAACGAUUUGGCCUUCUGGAAUUUUACAUCAGACACUCCGAAUGGAACACAAGACCAUACUGACAAGACAUUCAUAAUUAAUCGGCACAUCACUUCACUCACGUUGAAGGAAGCGAAUAACGCUUUUAAUACUGAGCCUGUCGACUUGCUCUUAUCAGCAGUGUGGGAUGCAUUCUUUCGCAUCUUCCCGUCACGAGAUGGCCUCACAGCGUUUAAUGAAGGCCACGGCCGGGAGCCCUGGAAUGCUGAAAUUGACCUAUCUCGAACAGUUGGUUGGUUUACCACGAUGAGCCCAAUACAUGUGUCACGAAGCAUCGGUAACAAUCCCGUCAACAUUGUAAGACUCAUCAAGGAUGCAAGACGGAAACUGCCCGCCAACGGAUGGGCCUAUUUUGUUUCUAGGUACCUCAACAGCAAGGGUGUCGAGGUUUUCGGUCCCCACGAUUCUGUCAUGGAGAUGGUUUUCAACUACCAUGGUCAGUUCCAACAGCUCGAACGGGAUCACUCCUUGUUCGACAGCAUAGCCCUUGACGACGUCUCUGACGUAGGGCCAAAUCUGCCCGCCUCCUCCCUAUUUAACAUCAACAUGUCUAUUGAGGGCAGACAGACUCAUGUUUCAUUUGCUUGGAAUCGUCACAUCUCAAACCAGGACCUCAUCCACGAAUGGAUUGACCAGAUAGGGCCUUCUUUGGGGGCCAUCUGUGAGAGCCUUAUAGGUAGGUCUAGAGAACGGACGCUCGUUGAUUAUGAGUUUCUGAGCCUGGACUACACCGCCUUGGAUGGCCUCCAGAGCCGAAUCAUUCCAGAAAUCGAAGGCCUCAACGGCACGGAAGUAGAGGAUAUUUAUCCUUGCUCUCCAAUGGUGGAAGGUAUUUUACUGACCCAAUUGAAAGACGUCGGGUUCUACGAAACAUCUCAGCUGUAUGAGAUCAAACCGCGUGGCUCUCAUGUCAUUAAUAUACGGCAGCUUUCUACGGCCUGGAAAGACGUGAUUGCCCGUCAUCCAUCUCUACGAAGUAUCUUUAUUGAGAGCCUGGAUCCUGAUAUGGCUUUUAACCAAGUUGUCCUUAAAGAGAUUCGCGGUGAUGUUGUCCUGCUGGAGAGUGAUGACCUCGAUUCAGCGCGAGCGCUGAUGCAAAACCUUACCAAGGUCAAGUACCACAAGCUCAAGCCCCCUCAUCGCGUUUCUCUCUGCCAAGUCCACGCUACGAAUAGUCUGCUUUGUCAAAUCGAGAUGAGCCACACUAUUACUGACGGCGCAUCCACCGGGAUCCUUAUCGAAGAUUGGGCAAAGGCCUACAAGGGCCUCCUGGGCAAAGAUAACCUAAUCGAAACGAGUCGAGGAUUCGCACGAGCCUUAACUUCUAGUAUUUCAGAAAGCAAAAGGUCUUAUUGGAAGAAGAAGCUGGCCGGCCUUCAGCCCUGUCUAUUUCCCCAUCUGGAUAAGAUUUGCGAGCCCUCAGAAGUGGUAUCCUGGUCAGUGGUAGAGAUAAGCGGCGCAGAAUUUGCUGCUGUGCAAAAGUUCUGCGAGUCUUACUCAAUCACCCCUGCCAGUUUAUUCCACGCAGCCUGGGCACUCACAUUGACGUCAUAUACCGGGACACAUAGUGUUUGCUUUGGUUAUAUUGCUUCAGGCAGAGACCUUCCUGUCCCGGAUAUCGGGGAAGCUAUAGGCGCAUACGCCAACAUGAUGGUUUGCCGCGCAGACAUCUCGCCUGACUGGAGCAAACAACGUUUUGUUCAAUAUCUCCACCACCAGGUUCUAGAAGAUAUGGGAUACCAACACUGCUCUCUGGCUGAUAUCCAACAUGAUUUGGGCAUUAUUUCUGGACAGCAGCUGUUCAAUACAAUCAUGUCUUUCCAGAAAGAUGUUGAUGAAGUUCAAGAAGGACCCAUUAGCCAAGAACUAGACUUUAUCGAUGAAGAUGGAGAUGACCCUACAGAAUACGAUGUUGCAAUCAGCAUAACCGUCGGUGCUAAGCUUGCGAAGCUGUUCAUCAACUGCCUGCCAUCGCGAUUCAGCAAUGAGCAGGCCCACCGCAUCGUGUCGCUGUUUAAGACUGCCGUCACCAGGCUGAUUGGUGACGACAUUCCCCAGAGCUAUGAGAGUACACUACGCAGCAUCAACUUGGUCAGCGAGGAUGACCUGAAAGAUAUCUGGCAAUGGAACUCAAUCGUACGUGAGGCUGCGGAUUCAUGUCUUCAUAAUCUGAUCAGAACAACGGCACAAAGACGGCCUGAGGCGUAUGCCGUCAAUGCAUGGGAUGGUAACUGGACAUAUGGCCAGCUGGAGGACAAUGCCACACAACUAGCUUAUCAUCUCGCAACCCUUGGUGUCGGACCCAAUGUUGUCGUCGCUAUAUAUGUUGAAAAGUCGCGCUGGACGUCGGUGGCUAUGUUGGCGGUCAUGAAACUUGGCGGGGCUUCAAUUAUGAUGGAUUCGUCUCAGUCGGAAAACAUUCUUCGCACCAUCAUGCAGCAAUCGAAGCCAGUGCUGCUACUUUCGUCGAGUUCAACCGCACGGUUCGCAGCCAAGCUUACGGAUCGGCCUAUUCUCGUUGUUAAUAACGAUCUUGUCGAAAUAUUGGCCAGAGCAGCUGCUGUUCCUCUCCCCGUUGUCCAGCCAUCAAAUAUGGCGUGUCUAGUGCUUUCCUCGGGAAGUUCUGGCCCGUCAAAGGUCGCAAUUUUGACACAUGCCAACCUUAGCAGCGCUGUGAAGUACCAGCAAGAUGCCCUGGGAUACAAGCCUAACUCGAGGGUCUACGAUUUUAUGCCAUAUAGCUCUGGUAUAACCUGGGAAAUUUUCACGCACGUAUUUACCAUCGGCGGUUGCCUUUGUGUUCCUUCAGAGUCUGGGCAUAAAGGCGUCCUCGCAGAUUCGAUAUCCCUAUGGCAACCCACCAUCAUGAGCAUUACCCCGUCAGCCGCUGCCAUGCUUUUGGAUAGCACUGUCCAGUCACUGGAGACGUUAGUAUUACACGGCGAACGUCUUUCACCAGAUAUAGCCAGGCGCUUGGCUCCACUAGUAAACCUAAGGUUUACGUAUGGCUGUUGCGAAUGCACCCCAAUAGCUACCAUGUGCAGUGUUCGCCCGGAGGAUGCCGAUGAGCCCAGAAUUGGCAGAGGCGUCGGUAUUAACACAUGGAUUACUGAUACACAAGAUGGCACAACCCUUGUACCCAUUGGCAGCAUCGGGGAGCUUGUGCUAGAAGGACCAUUGGUUGGCGCUGGCUACCUAGGCGAUGCCGAAACAACAGCGGCAGCCCUCAUUCACAACCCACAAUGGCUUAACCGUGGUAGUGGCGAUCCAAAAUACCCAGGCCGCACAGGCCAACUAUUCAGGACCGGUGAUCUGGUCCGUUAUAAUAAGGAUGGCUCCUUGACCUUCAUUGCCCGCAAGGAAGCCCAGGUCAAGAUCCACGGUCAACAUGUGGAGCUAGAAGACAUUGAGAAUCACAUGGUGCGCCUGCCAUCGAUACGUCAAGCUGCUUGCUUGGUCCCUAAGUCUGGACCCUUUGCCGAUAAACUUGUCGGUGUCUUUAACAAGGCCGAGGAGGUACAAGACAAUAUUUCGUCUCUACAGGCUUUGCUAGACAACUCAAUUCCUGUUUACAUGGUUCCAGAUGUCUGGGUGGCACUGAAGAACAUUCCUGUCGACCAUUCCGGCAAGCUGGACCGCAAGUUGGUUGACAACUGGCUUUCUAGCCUUGAUGCGGAGAUGUCUGCCAGAAUUUCGAACGCCAUAUCGUCAGCCAGCAGUCCAGUCACCGCGACAGAGAGGGUGAUUCAAGACGCAUGCAGUCACGUUCUAAAUAUUCCUGCCAGCCAUAUUAAUAUGCAGCGAUCCUUUAUCGCUAACGGAGGUGACUCUAUAUCUGCAAUGCGUAUUAGUCCGUAUUGCCGCGCCUCUGGUAUUCUAGUGUCUGUUGCGUCACUACUCAGGAGUAAAAAACUCGUCGAUGUCGCCGAGUCUGCAACUGUUGCCAAGGGUCCGUCUCUAUCCCGAGAGGAAGACUUUGACAAGCCUUUCAGCCUCUCACCAAUACAGCAAUGGUUCUUUGCCCAGUCCCCGCCAGACAAGGUAAACACCACAAGCUAUUACUGUAACCAGGCCUUCUAUGUUCAAAUUAAGCGCCCGGUGUCCCCAGAUGGAGUCUCUCUUGCUCUUCGCAAGAUUGUUCAGGAGCACUCUAUGUUAAGAGCACGAUUUCACCUGGAUGAAACGAAAGGUUCCUGGACGCAAUUGAUCCCAAAGCCAAGCGAUGGCCUUUAUCACUUUGCAUCUUUGCAGGCCGACACCCUUCCCGCAGUCCAGUCAAUAAUAUCUCAGCGCCACCAAGAGCUGGAUAUUGAGCGUGGGUUGGUCUUUGCCGCUGACUUGUUCACUCUCCCAUCCAGCGAGCAAUACCUCGCACUCAUUGCUCAUCAUUUAGUUGUCGACUUGGUGUCCUGGCGUGUCAUAUUAGAGGAUUUAGAGUCCCUUCUCAACGGUGGUACAGUCCUCGAAGAGCUACCCUUCCAAGUCUGGCAUAGUCUUCAGAAACAAGAAGCUCAGUCGCCAAACUUUGCGCCUGAGAGAGUCUUGUCCAGCGAUGUUCACAAUGAGCUCGAGUUCUGGAACUACACUCCCACCACCCCCAAUACCUUCGAUGACCAUAUCGAGGAAUCCUUCGAGGUCGACUGUGCGACAACUGCGAUUUUGCUUAAAGAAGCUAAUGAGGCAUUUAAUACCGAGCCAGUUGAUAUCAUUCUGGCGUCAGUUUGGGAUGCAUUCUUUAAGACCUUUAAAAUGCGUAGUGGCCUCACAAUCUUUAAUGAAGGUCACGGCCGAGAGCCAUGGGGGGCUGAAAUCGAUCUAUCCCGAACUGUUGGUUGGUUCACCACAAUGACCCCGAUGCACGUAUCGCGUGAUCACACGAGGAACAACAGUGCGAGAGUCGUCAAGGAUAUUAGAAGGCAACUACCGUCAAAUGGCUGGGCCUACUUCACCUCGCGCUAUCUCAAUGAUGAGGGUAUCAAGGCCUUUGAGUCUCAUGAUUGUGUCAUGGAAGUGCUUUUUAACUACCAUGGUCAGUUUCAGCAGUUGGAAUCCGACGAGUCCUUGUUUGAGAAUGUCGCAUUCGAUAUUUUCGACGUCGGCAAUGACCUUCCCGCCUCUGCACUCUUCAGCAUUAAUGCUUCCAUUGAAGGUGGCUUAACCAAAUUUACUUUCUCUUGGAACCGGCAUAUCAACCACCAGGAUCUUAUCCGAGACUGGAUCGCGCAGGUAGCUCCCUCCAUGCAGGCUCUUUGCAACUCCCUGUUGGCCUGCCAGCCCUCGCUCACUAUUUCGGACUACGAAUUCUUGAAUCUAGACUACAAGGGCCUCGAUGAGCUGCAAAAUCGUAUUCUUCCCGCCCUACAGUCUGAAACUGGCACUACCGUCACCGACAUCUAUCCUUGCUCGCCUAUGGUUGAUGGCAUGCUACUUAGUCAGAUAAAGGAUCCGGAAGCUUACAAGACGUUGCUCACGUAUGAGAUGAAACACCACAAUAGCCUGCAGCCGCUUAACAUUGACGUACUGGCCAAGGCGUGGCAAGCUGUUGUUGCGCGCCACCCAGCCCUCCGCAGUGUUUUUAUCGAAGGUGUCGACAAGAAGACGGCCUUUGUUCAGGCCGUACUCGAGACAUACCAAGGAGAGAUAAUAAUAUGUGAGGCCGAAAACAGGACAGCGGCUGUGACUAUGAUUCGGAAAUUACCUUCGGUUGACUACCAGCGGCUCAAACCAGCUCAUCGUCUAGUUCUCUGCACGGCUAGGGAUGCCAACACAAUCAUCUGCCAGAUUGAAAUGAGCCACACAAUCGUUGAUGGUGCAUCUACCGCCAUAAUGUUAAACGACUGGUCAAUGGCAUAUAGCGGGAGCUUGGGCACAGAAACUUUAGCGGAGACGAACCGCAACUUUGUCCGGGCUCUCAAGUCCAGUCCUCUGGCCAACAAAAUGGCAUAUUGGAGCAAAAAGCUAGCCGGCCUGGAGCCAUGUCACUUUCCUACUCUCUCUGACGCGCCUUCUCCUGGGAACUCUAUCGCUGUGGUUAGUACUGAUCUCGACGGCGACGACUUUACACGCAUACAGCGCUUCUGUGAAUCCGAAUCUGUUACCCCUGCAAGCAUAUUCCAAAGUGCCUGGGCGCUAUUGCUAUCAACUUACACUGGCAAUGAUUCUGUGUGCUUUGGAUACAUUGCCUCUGGCCGUGAUCUACCUAUUGAUGGCAUCGCAGAGUCUGUUAACGCUUACGCUAAUAUGAUGAUUUGCCGCGCUGAUGUGUCGCGCAAUUGGACUCCGCGGCAGUUUGUUAAGCGUCUUCACGAUCAAGUCCUAGAAGAUCUUGACUUUCAGCACUGCUCUCUUGCCGACAUACAGCAUGACCUUCGGCUCUCUCCCGGAUACCCAUUAUUUAGUACUAUUGUUUCUUUUCAAAAGGACGAUGCAGAUGCGGCAGACGACGUCGCUGUCGGAGAUUUGGUUUUUGUUGACAUGGAUCACGAGGAUCCUACUGAGUAUGACAUUUCCUUCGACAUCAGCUAUGGCAAGUCCCAAGUCGCAUUUUCACUCGACUACCGCUUGUCUUGCCUGACAAACGAACAGGCCGAGCGUGUUAUUUCGCUCUUGAGGGUCAUCACCAUGUCAAUUAUUAAUGAAAAGACAGUGUCAGCCACCCUCGCUUCUAUUGACAUGGUUAGCGAAGAAGAUCUUGGGCAGAUAUGGAAGUGGAACUCUGUUGUUCCCGAGAAGGUGGAAGCCUUGGUACACGAUUUAAUAUCCGACACGGCGCGUAAAUUCCCCAACGCCCCAGCCAUCUGUGCCUGGGAUGGAGAUUGGACUUACCAGCAAUUGGAUACCCUUUCCACAAACCUCGCUUACGAAUUAUUGAAACUCGGCGUCGGUCCUGAGCAUAUGGUUCCGCUCUGCUUUGAAAAGACUCGAUGGACACCUAUAGCAAUGCUUGCAGUUAUGAAAGCCGGUGGCUCAAGUGUGGCGUUGGACACUUCCCUCCCUGAGGAGCGCCUGCGCAUCAUCAUGCAGCAGCUCAAGCCAACGAUUAUCCUUACUUCAUCAAUUGGCCGGGAUCUCGUGGGUCGCCUCACUACGGGCCUCGUCUUCACAGUUGACGAGGCGAAUGUGGCUCGUCUGGAAACGCCUCCCAAUCCAGCUAUGAUCCUUUCCGAUGUGACGCCUUCCAACACGCUAUAUGUUGUGUUCACCUCUGGCAGUACUGGAACUCCAAAGGGCGUUACUAUUAAUCACUCAAACUUUGCCAGUUCCCUCCGCCAUCAACGCGGCGCACAUAACUUCAAGGCUGGUGCCCGAGUCUAUGACUUUGCAUCGUAUACAUUUGACGUGUCUUGGCAAAAUGUGCUUAGUGCCCUCGAAUGCGGUGCAUGCCUCUGUAUUCCAUCAAACUCAGAGCGUCAGAACGAUUUAGCCGGCUCGUUGGAGAGAUUCCAAGUCUCCCACGCGGAAAUGACCCCCUCGGCUGCUCAGCUUCUGCCGGCCAGCGCGAUAAAGCGAUUAGAUACGCUGAUUCUUGGUGGCGAAGUGCUUUCGCCCGAACUGGCCAAGCAUUGGGCCAGUAUGGCAAACGUCAAGAACUCAUACGGACCAUGCGAGUGCACACCAACAACGACCGUGGCAACUAUUGACCCAGACAAUGUUCAAGUGGCUAGCAUUGGUCGUGGUUUUGGUGUCAAUACGUGGGUCGUGAGCGCCACGGGUGAUUCUCUUGCCCCUGUGGGAAGCACUGGUGAGCUGUUCCUUGAAGGCCCGCUAGUUGGUCCUGGUUAUCUCGAUGAUGCCGAGCGUACAGCUGCAUCUUUCAUUGAAAACCCGUCUUGGCUGCUUCGUGGCUCAGCAACUCAUCCCGGACGAAAGGGACGCCUGUACAGGACUGGCGAUCUUGUGCGUUACCAGCCUAACGGCAGCCUAACAUUCAUUGGCCGUAAAGAUAGCCAAGUCAAAAUUAACGGUCAACGUCUAGAGCUGGGUGAUGUCGAAUACUACAUCAGCUCAAAUAUUACCUAUAAAGGCGACGUUCGAGUGGUUGUGGACGUGGUCAAGCCUCAAGACAGCGAAAGACGUGCUCUAGUUGCUUUCUUGGGCGUAGAGGAAACAUCUGCAGACUUGGACAAGAUUAUCGCUGGUCUGGCUGACAGACUCGCCGCGCAGGUGCCCGCAUACAUGAUACCCUCUGCAUACAUGCUGCUCGAGAGCAUCCCAAUGACGGCUUCGGGAAAGACGGAUAGACGAAAACUCCGCGCCAUGGCUGAGAAACUGACAAGAGUCGAGCUCAUGGCCCAUGGCCCAACCCAGGCGACAAGACGAGCGCCAACGACACCAAAGGAGAUUCAGCUUCAAGGACUUUGGUCCACUGUACUUGGGAUUCCACGGGAGAUGAUUAGCUCCGAAGACAGCUUCUUGCGAAUUGGAGGAGAUUCGAUUGGAGCCAUGAAACUUGCUGGCUUGGCGCGAGAUGCUGGCCUUUCCAUGACCGUCACCGACAUCUUUCGCCACCCGUGCCUAAGUGACCUCGCUAAAACUAUUCGCAGCUCAUUCGGCAAUGAACAUGAAGUCGUGCUUCCGUUUUCUUUGCUUUCAAGCAAGCGAGACGCACUAGAGUGGCAAGCCCAGAUUGCCCAGCUCUGCGACGUCAGCGCACCGCUUGUUGAAGACGCAUUCCCCUGCACACCCUUACAGGAAGGCCUUUUGGCUCUUACCUUGAGACGCUCCGGUGACUAUGUGGCUCAAAAUAUCUUCGAGCUCAAGCCUGAUAUCAGUAUUUCUCGCUUUCAGCGUGCUUGGGAGCACGUCAUUGCAACAACGCCAAUUCUUCGAACACGAAUUGUCGAUCUUCACACACAAGGUCUAGUUCAAGUUAUUAUUGCAGAAGAACCGACAAUGUGGCCAGAACCUACCAGCACCAUUCUCUACCAGGAAGCAGACAGGAAGCUGGGUAUGGGCCUGGGUACACCUCUCAUGCGGUAUGCUAUCGCCAAAGACUCUCAUGACCGACAUUGCUUUAUUUGGACUGUACACCAUGCCUUGUAUGACGGGUGGUCAAUGCCACUGGUCCUUGAGAGACUAGAGAUGGCAUAUAAUGGAACAGUUCUACAACCACCGCCGCCGUUCCAGGACUUUGUCAAGUUUAUUGGUGGUGUCGAUGACGGCGGUGUCGAAGGGUUUUGGACGUCGCAGUUUAACCAAAUCCAGGCUCAAGCAUUCCCAUCACUACCUUCGCCAGUAUACCAGCCACGCUCAGACGCUGGUAUUUCGCACCAAAUCAAAGAUCUGGCGUGGCCAAAGACGGAUACAACCGCAUCAACUGCUGUACGCGCCGCACUAUCAAUCCUUAUUGCGGUGCACUCCGACUCUUGCGAUUCACUCUUUGGUGCGACAGUCACUGGUCGACAGGCUCCAGUACCUGGAAUUGAGAACAUGACGGGCCCGACAAUUGCUACUGUGCCAAUUAGGGUGCCCGUUGACAGAGAAAGCACCGUCAAGCAGCUUUUGCAGCAAGUGCAAGCCCAAGUCAUUGACAUGACGGCAUUCGAGCAAACAGGUCUGCAGAGAAUUCGAAGGGUCAACGCAUCUGCCAAGCAAGCUUGCGACUUUCAAACACUACUGCUCAUUCACCCGAUUGAGGAACCCGGCAAAUCCACAAGCUCUCUCUUCGAUGACGCAGAAGACGAAGAGGACGUGGACGGAGACGAAAUUGUCGAUGAGUCCUUUGCAGGAUUUGACACCCAUGCUAUCACGAUUGAAUGCGACCUUGAGAAUAGUGGCGCGCUGCUUCGCUUCAGAUUCGACUCUCAAGUGAUCAAGAAGUCUGAGGUCGAGAAGCUCGCGGCCCGAUUUGACCUGAUUCUGCGCCAACUCUGCGACCCUGAUAUGGCUCAGCUCAAGAUUUCCGAUAUUGACACGGUCAGCCCCGGGGAGCUGAAGGAGAUUUGGGACUGGAAUUCCGUCGUCCCUGAGACUACUAACUACGCCGUGCAUGACUUAAUUGCCGAGAAUGCCUCUAAAUAUCCUGAUUCUCCGGCAGUCUGCGCGUGGGACGGCAACUGGACAUAUCAUCAACUUGACUCUAUCGCCACACGCAUCGCCCGCCGCCUGGUUAGUCUAGGCAUUGGUCCCGAUGUCAUCGUGCCUCUUUGCUUUGAGAAGUCUCGCUGGAUGCCUGUAGCGAUGCUAGCUGUUAUGAAGGCGGGAGGCGCAUCGGUCGCUCUAGAUACCACAUUGCCUCCAGAGCGACUACGCAGUAUAUUGCAACAAGUCAGCCCGUCCUUGGUUCUGGCGUCAUCUUCGAGCCAAAGGCUCGCGGAGGGCUUGACCGAUCAACCGAUAUUGGUCUUGGGCGAAGGAUCCCAAGAAGAAUUUGACGAACCUGCCCUACAGACGCUUCCUAAAGUUGAGCCCUGGAACAAACUUUAUCUUGUGUUUACAUCGGGUAGCACUGGUGUUCCGAAGGGAGCCAUCGUCACUCAUUCCAACUUUAGUAGUGCUAUCCGUCACCAACAAGCUAUUACAGGCUUCGGCAAGUCUUCCCGCGUAUUUGACCUUGCCAAGUACGCUUUUGACAUUAGCUGGUCUAAUUUUAUCCAUACCAUGGCUGCGGGGGGCUGCCUUUGUAUACCUUCACAGCAAGAGGCUCUCGACAAUAUUACCGGCUCGAUUCUAGCUUACAAUGCAAACUUCAUAGAUAUUACGCCGUCUGUUGCCAGUACACUGCGGCCAUCAGACUUGAGAUGCCUCAAAACCGUUGUUUUUGCUGGCGAGGCACUUACCAACCACCAAGCCUCCCAGUGGUCAAAGCAUGCGCGCGUGCUUAAUAUGUACGGUCCGGCAGAAUGCACAGUGAAGGCCACAUUGGCCGAACUCGACGGGACUUGCUCAUCUUCAGCAGCCAGCAUCGGUCGCGGCGUCGGUUUGUGUACUUGGGUCGUCGAUCCUUCAAAUCACGACAAACUCUCACCGGUUGGGACAGUUGGAGAAUUGGUAUUGGAAGGGCCGCUCGUGGGAUCGGGCUAUCUUGGCGAUGCCACAAAAACUGCAGGCGCCUUUAUCGAAAGCCCAGCUUGGCUACUCCGUGGCGGACCGGGCCACCAAGGUCGCAGAGGGCGCGUAUACAAAACUGGUGAUCUCGUCCAGUACAAUGUCGAUGGUAGUUUGACAUUCGUCGGUCGAAAGGACGACCAGGUCAAGAUCAACGGCCAGCGUUUGGAACUUGGCGAUGUAGAACACAAUCUUGCAUCAAGCCUAAACGCCACUUCGAAAUUCCAACUUGCAGCGGAGGUUAUAACGCCUCGAGAUGGCGAAAACGCGAUGCUAGCUGCUUUUAUACAGUCAUCCGGACAACUUGGUGAUUUCGAGUCGGAGAUGCGCACACUGACAGCGGGCCUCAACGAUCGCCUUGCUUCCAAGGUUCCUGGAUACAUGAUCCCUUCGGCCUACAUCAUGGUAGACAAGCUGCCGCUUUCCGCCACCGGGAAGCUGGACCGCAAGCAGCUCCGCGCUAUGGGGGCGAAACUCACUCUGCUGGAGCUCAUGUCUUCGACUGGGCCACAGCCAGAACGCCGGCCGCCGUCUACUCCUAUGGAGCUGUGCCUGCAGAAGCUUUGGGCUCACGUCCUUGACCUCAAUGCCGAAGAAAUCAGUGCGGAUGAUAGCUUCCUUCAUCUUGGCGGUGACUCGAUCCAGGCCAUGAAACUCGCCCAGCGAGCCCGGAGCCAAGGUUUCCACCUUGCUGUUGCCGACAUUCUCAUAGGCCCUAAACUGUCACAGAUGGCUUCCCGCCUAGAAUGUUUAGACGGGAAGCCGGCUGCGCAUGCACUCGAGUAUCGCCGAUUUUCGCUAUUGCCGCCAGAAAGCCGACUAGAAAUCGAGCAGAUCUUGGUCGAACACGGCAUCUCUAAAGAUAACGUGCAGGACAUCCUGCCUGUUACCGACCAGCAGGCCCGAUAUCUACUUACAACUUACACAACGGCCCGUAGCGCUGUGUACUACCACACGCUAGAUCAUGACGGCGAUUUCGACCUUGGCCAAAUGCAGCACGCUUGCGCUAGUCUCAUUAGGCGUCUUGACAUGAUGAGAACCGUCUUCAUUGCAUACAAAGAUUCAUUCCUGCAAGCCGUGCUAAUGAAUCUGGAUUUAGAUGUUGGUGUGUUUGAAACCGCGACGAGUAGCUUGGAUGGAUACACUUUGGAGUUGAAGAAGCAAGAUUUGCUCUGCAAUCUGCAGUUCGGAAAAUCACUCACAAAGAUUUGCGUCAUUCGUCAGACACGAGAGCAGAAGUAUCGUAUUGUAAUACGCCUAUCUCAUGCACAGUAUGACGGCACGGCGCUCGCCAAGAUGUGGGCUGCCUUUGAAGCCGCAUACAAGUCGGCUCCUCCAGGCGACGCGAAAACAAGUUUUUCGCACUACAUGCACACUCUAUCGCUCGUCGAUAAGGAAAAGGCGACUGAAUACUGGCGGACCAUGCUCCGGGGAAGCACUCGAACACCCAUCAAGCAUCAGACAACUCACCGUCUCGGGUAUGGACUCGGUCCGAACAUUGUCAAGACUCUCCCAGCAUCCAGCCUGCAAUCCGAGGACUUUACCUUUGCUACCGUCCUAAAGGCCGCGUGGUCGUAUGUCCUCGCAAAAUAUUCAGCCACCGAAGACGUUGUAUUCGGCAACCUUGUACACGGUCGCAACCAGCCAGGCACACAAGACAUCUUCGGCCCCUGCGUAAACAUUGUCCCAGCCCGCGUCGUUUUCCAACAAGAUUGGUCUGCCAGGGACCUCAUUGCUACAGUCAAUUCCCAGCAAGCGGCAAGCAUGCCAUUUGAGACAAUGGGCUCCCGAGACAUCAUUCAUAACUGCACAAGCUGGCCGAAAUGGGCCUUUUUCAGCUCCGUCAUUACACACCAGAACUACGAAGACCGCCAGACGGAAGAGUCCUCGGUCGAUUUCGACAGCGCCGACCUGUCGACGGGCGACAUUGACAGUGUCGAGGUCUACAUCACCUCGACGCCGGGCGCAGACGGCACCGAUAUCGACUUUACCUUUACGGACAAUGUCAUCUCCCACAGCCUGGCGCAGCGGCUCGCGUCGGAUCUGGCCGACACCAUUAUCCAGUUCUACAGGGCCAUGGACGCAAAACUCCUGGCACCGCGCGACAUUCGCAGCCUGCCGGCCUUGCUGCCCCUGCCGGCCGACCCUGAGGUCGCCUUGGCUCCGCCGACGGACGAGCAGAUGGCGGCGCUGCGUGGCUGUCCUGCCAAGUUGAGGAAUGCUCUCGGCACGGCGUGGAAAGAUGCCCUCGGCCUGCGGACCGUGCCUGGCAACGAAUCUACAGAGUCCUUUUUCGAACUAGGUGGCGACGGCGACAAUGCCGGCCAAUUGGCCGCUCACAUGCAACGGCAGGGCUACAGGCUCAGAAUUGAGGACGUUUUUGAGCACCCUACGUGGAACCUGCACGGGCUCUACGUCACGCAGCUGUCUUUGCGCUUGCAAGUUAUCAGCCUAGCGUCAUCUUCAAAUAUCAACUUUUACACAAUUCCUUCUUGUUUCUCGGCAGAGUCGGCAAAGUUGGCUGCUUUGCCGCUCUUCGAGUAUACUGGGCAAUUACUCAUCGCCCAACUCGCUGGAUCAUCGUCAUUCAAGACAGGCCUGGAGGCCCAAACUCGCACCGGUAUCCGGGUACGACGACACCGCUUCCGCAGGGACAGGGCCAACGCGGCGCAGGGCCUACGGGGCCGCGCAAACACCGAGUGGGGCCGGCGGCGGAGGUCACCAAAGCCCCAAGUCACCGGAUUGUCUCUUCACGCCAACCUUGAAAACGCCGUAUACUAA